AUGUUAUUGAAUAACGACGCGUGGAGUCCCAGCUGGAUUCGCGGUAGCAAACUUGAGGAGAUAGUUUGGAUCGCGAAAUACGUGUUAGCGUGGUGUACUGGCAUUAACAUCGUCUUCUUCAACAUCAACGAGAAGAAACUUAGCUUUCGUUGGUGUUGGAACAGCGACUCUGGAGAAGGUGCACGAUGUCUGUCUGGUCAUUCGAAAUUUCCAAUCUUCGCUUUUGCCGAGAAGACGAUGCAGCCCAGGAUUAUAGUCAUAUCAUAUCCAUCGAUGACGAAAGUUUCUGAAUGCACCGGUGGAUGUCCAUCGGGAUACUUGGCCACUGCAUUUACAGCACAAGAUUACAUGGUCUCCGUUGGUUUUUAUCCUCAUUUUUCUAUGAUCGUUUGGAAUUGGAGAACUGGAGAGAAGAUUAUUUCUGUGAACACCCAUAUACGGGACGAAGUUGGACAGAUACUUAGGAUUACUCAAGCUGAACCCAGUGUGAUCGCGCAGAUGGGUAAAACUUGUGGAACGAUGUUCACCUGGGAGUUGAAUAUUGCUGGAAAUGUUGCUGUUUUAAAAGACCACGAAGUGCAGCUUCCUAAUCACGAAAAGAUCGCGUGGAUAGACUGGUGUCCAACUUCUAGCGAGCCUCUGUUAGCCAUCACAGACACCUUUGGGCACGUUUUCCUCAGCAACUACGACGGCAGCAACGUCUAUCGGAUCGUUUUAUCCCAAAGAUGCGGUAUUUGCACGGACAUCGACUUGCCGUUGGUGCACUGGUUCCGAGACGGUAUCGUACUGCGGACAACCUUCUGUCAAAUCCGAUUUUACGUGAAGAACGUCAGAAAAGACAAGUGGCAACGAACGUGGUACGUGACAUCUGUAACCAAGCCUUAUAUCGUUGUCAUUCAUCCUUCGAACAACAACCGGUUCUUCUACCACACGUUCGAGGGAUAUUUGAUGCAAAUUGAUUUCUUCGAAGAGGACGAGAAUCCCAGGAUCACCAAGUAUUUGGAUUAUGGAGCAAUUCAUCGAUUCGUAGAUUUUGUAUACCCUUGGUGUCAUCAUUUGGUAGUGACGGAUGAAUCGAAGGGGUUGUUGAUUCUGGAGUGUUACAGUGGAACACCAGUGUCCACGUUCGAUGCAGAAAUCGAUGGCGAGGUAGCUUGCCAAGUCUCUCACCCGGACUAUCCGAUGAUCGUCCUGGGAACGACGCAGGGCGAAGCGAUCUUCCUGAGCUUCGUUCAGCCUAUUACCCCUACGAUAGUGGCUAGCUUAAAGCUGCAAAGGGAACCUUUAGAUUUGAUUAAGUUUUCAUAUUCUGGAAGAUUCCUGAUAGCAGCCGAGAAAGCAAGCGGCAACUGCUACUGCAUCAACCUGCAUCGCGAGAAAGCAUACACGGUGCAAACUCUAAUCCGUGUCCAACGUUCGAUUACCGAUCUUUUGGUCUAUGAAGCAUUCAGAAAACUGAGGGUGCUGGUGUUGUUCGUUGGAGUAGCGCAAUACGAAGUUGGUCAGCAACUGAUGGUAUACGAGGUGCAAGAAAAUCAGAAUCUGGUCACCGAUGUAGUCGAAAUACUUGAUUUACCCGGGGUUUAUCGUGCAAUUUCUUAUGUUCCUGGAAAUCCGACGCUGUUCGUCGGAUCUCCUUAUCUGACACGUCAACUGAGGGUGCAAAAGGUGCAAGACUACAAGGAUGUAAUUAUGGUGGAUGGUCUUGCCACGGGACAUCAAGUUAGACUGGCUAAUAUCUUUGUCGAUCGAGCGUGGAUCAGCACUACAGCUCUGGAUGGAUUGGUCCUGGUCAGGGACAAAACUGUCCGACAGUUACAGACCUGUAUUAUGACACACCAUAGAACUGACUUUGGUACCGUCAAGGCGAUGGUGAACAGGAAUGGAGAUUUCAUAGUGUGUAUUGGGUACAAUGGCUCUUUGGUUGCUGUAAGAAGCGUUCCUGCUGACAAUAAGAAGAAUACUGCCACUCCUGGUGACGAGCCUUUCAUGUACAAGGUAGACUACGGUCUCUACGAGAAAUACCAAAGGAAAAUCUUCUCCGAUUACGUCACUCUGGACCCCACAGCUUACGGUAUACUGACUCGUCGGAGAUCGGUGUUUCCUGGUCCAAAACAGAAAGACAAAACAUGGUCGGAGUGGCGCGAAGAGUUUCAAAUUCUUCAAGAGACAGAAACGUGCAAGGAAGAGAAGGAGAAAAUUCUGCAAGAUUUCAAGGCAUUGAAAGGCAAAGUGAAAAAGUUGGUCGAUGAGAACGAGGUCUGUCCAAAAAUAGAAAAACUUCCGGUGUCUUCGUUCGACUUGGAUAAAGCAGGUCGUGAUCACAAAUUGAAAGCAGGUCGAGACGACUGCGAGGACCUUCGCUUAAAAUUAGAACACGACAUCGGCGAGAUGAAGAGGGUGACAAGUUGGAUUCGAGAGACUUUUUGGAAUCCUCAGACGAUUCUAGGUAAAUCGAUAAUCGCCAUAUUUGACACCGAACACGUCACCAACUAUCCUUCGGUUGCUGAAAAUUCAAACGUCAAGUAUCGUCUCCAGUUGGCCACCUUCUACAAGGAAGUUAUAGAAACGAUCGUAGAAAACGAAACUUUCCGACCUUGGCAACUCUAUGAUAAAGAAGAACUUGAAAUCGAAUUGGACAAACGAUUGAAAUUGAAACAAGAAGAGAGAAGAAGGAUCGAUUUGUUGUUCGAGGAGGAAGAGGACGAAGAGAUCGCCGAAGAAGAUACAAAAGAAGAGAUAGCAAUGGAAGGUACGACUACACAUCGGUUUAUCGCGGCGUCGCCGUAUUAUUCUCAGCUGGAAUGUUACGCUUUUGACCAGCUUCUAAUAAACAACUAUUUGCUGAUGCACGAUUGCGCCGAACUUCGGAUACACUUCAAUCGCGCGUUCGAUGAGAUGUACGAGAAAAAAGAAAGGGAAAUGAACAUGAUACAGGCACGAAUCGAGAGAAUACGUCAUAUCGACUCGGAACUGAGAAGCAUGUUCGGUCAGCACGUGCCACGUGUCCCUACUGAUCCUAAAUGGCAUUGGAAGGAGAGGCCGGAAGAUAUUAUCAAGGUGCUCGAUCACGAAGUGAAGGCAAAACCUUACGUUUCCCCGUCGCAACAAGAGAUCUUAGACAAGCAGGCGGCCGAGGAAGAACGAAUCAGACAGUUGUUGUUAGCUGAUGAUUUUCGCGAACGCGCUUUAAUGACGAUGAUGGGUGGCGUACUGGAGGUUCGAUGGGAGGACACCAUCAAGAUAGACGUACCUAAGCCUGCCUGUAUGCUUCAAAAGAAACCGGAAGAUUAUACCGCGGAAGAUCUUCAAGUCGUGAAACAGUACGAGAAGGAUGUGCAAUUUUUGCAGGAAGAACGGGAACGUUACAAGAGGAUGCUGGAGACGGAAUACGUCAGGGUGAUGGGACUUCUUCAAGAAGGGAUCGAUAAAUUUAAUGAAAAACUGAAUGAAUUAUUCAAGCUGAAGAUGAACAUCGAGGCAGCCAUAAACCAGAUGAAUCUCCGUUACAUCCGUGGGUAUAUACAAAUUUAUAAUCGAGAACAAUCGUUGCAAGAGGAAAAGAAAUUAAAAACACGAAUUACGGAGAAAGAGGAAUACGAGAAUACCCUGAAGAGUGAUUUACAGACCUAUCAGAACGUCCACCAGCAGCUGAUCGCGAAAUACGAGUUACUAGAUCACAAACAGAAAGUAAUGUUUAAAAGAUUUAAAUCCGAAUUCUCGUCUAUGAGCAAAUUGAACCUGGAACUACUCGAGCGUCAAUACAAACGUCGUCCAAAGACUAACCUAAAGAACCUUGGCCCUUCGGAAUUGCUGGAGCUUGGACAUCACGUGUUGAAGAAAUCACGACCAAUUUUUUUACCAUCAGAAUGCAACGAAUAUUUGAAGGCCUUGGAUCAUCUGGACGUUCGACCGACCACCCUACCUCCAACCAUAGACACCUCGCAGUGGGAUCAUCUGAUUCGUCUGAGACGUUUGAAAAUCGAUGCAGAAUUUAAGACGAGAUCUAAACAGGUGCAAAUAGUGGAGGCGGAAACUGUGAUCCUCGGAUUUGAACAGAGGAUCGAGAAGUGCAAAGCCGAGGUUGAGAGAACGAAGAAGAAUCUCGAGGAAACUCGGGGACGUCGAACGAUAUCUAACCUGGACGUGGAGAUACAGCUGGUGCUGAAGAUGGGACAGGUCGAGAUAGAUACCAGCGGAAAUAUGAAAGACACCGAAACCGCGAUCCUGAUCUCGCACAACGAGAUCGAAUCCGUGAACGAGCUGAUCAGGGCCGCGGGUGCGUGCAAGCUGAAAGCUUUGUCUCAGUUGUUGAAUUUUCAGCAAGGUACACUGAUGAAACAAUGGGAGCACGAGUGUAAACGAAAGCGUUUGGAGGAUCUACAAGAGGACUUGCGGUUCACAGAAUCGGUGACGGUAACCAAAGAGAUGCAGUUGUUCUUGAAGCGUAAGGCUAGGGGUAUGAAAGAGGACAAGACGCAGCAACAGCUGGCCGAACACAUCAAGGCGAUGAAGCAGGGAUUCGAGCAGAAUCUCGAUGAACAGAAGGAUCGAUUGCAGUCGAUCCAGACGGAGAUCGAGAGCACCAGGAGCAAGAACAAGCAGCUCGAUCAACAGAUCUUGGAGAUGAACGUGGCGAGGUGCGAGAUGGAGCAACGUCGCGAUCUUAUCGGCGAGGCGAGGCAACAGGAACACGCGGAGAAGAAGCUGAAGAUGAUCAUGAAGCGAGCCGCGCUGAUCAAGAAGCUGCAGGAUAAUUACGCGGAGUUGUUGGAGCUGCAAACCGAGCACGAGCUGCUCAGACUUCGACGAUAUCCGACCUUCGGUUUCAAGAUGCUCGACGACAAGCCAAAACCGAAGGACGACGAUCCUCCGUCUCGUUUUGAUUUUUGUCCUUGCUGA